GUGCUCGUGGCCUGUGCUGCCCUGUUCUGCCAUCUGCUGUCUGAGACACCUGCACCUGUCUGCCACAUGCAACAGCUGAGUGAUGCUUAUCGUUUUAUUCAAAUGUGCCGCCCAAAAUAUGAAAAACAGCCUUUGACUUUACCCUGCUUGACUUGUCUGUACUUUUUCAUCUUUUCCUCCCGCGCAAGCUAUUUACAAACUGGAGCAUCAUACCAUCACACAGACUGACUGAACAUGCUCAACCAUAACCACAACUUCCUUUCACCCUAAAGAGGCAGGUGUAAGAAAAACUUAAGAAAGAGCCAACGUCUCUAACUUCAAACCAGGGCUUCACUUCAGCACACAGACUGAGUCAUGGAGGCUCUCUUCUGAAGACAUCACCAGCACUUGUGGGCGAUGGAUUUUCUCUCAACUACAGGGAGAGAGUACAACACACAGACAGGGGCACAUUUUACCAUCCGAUCUGCCAACUCUUUGUCGUACAACGAAGCGUGGAGAACCUCCAGGUACAAGCAAGAAGAGAAGGAGAGUAGAGACAGACCUGGAACAAAGACUGAAUCAAGCCUUCAUUAUCAGCCCAGAAUCUGCAGUGGGGUCAAGGGUCAAAGUUUGGAAAGCGACAAAACACCCAUCAAACAGAACCAAAGUAGUUUACAAGACGACAGCUCUAAGUAUGACCAAACUGGAAAGUCAGAAAGACGGGGUCGAACUGAGUGGAGGAGGAACUACUUGUCUAGCCGGAGUAAAAGUUUGGACUGGGGAACUAGAACCAAAAGUCCAGAGCGAUCAUGGAAUUAUAGAGAGGACAUUCUUGGCAGGACAGGGGACAGAAGGGCAGAGGGAAGUAGAGUAAUGUCGACAGUAUAUGCCUAUAACACCGUAAACAAAACCAAUGACCAGGACUUUUCUUUAAGUAAAGCCAAAGGACAAUCUUUGCCAUCUAGAUAUACAUCUGCCUCCCUUGGGCCAAAAGGAGGUCAGAGUAUUUUGGAGAGGAUUGAGAAACUAUAUGGAUCUAUGGUGUGUGGUAACACGGAGGAUUACAAAACCACAGAGUCAGUGACUCCUUAUAAGGGCUCGUUUAGUGGUACCUUUCCCAGACGCUUCUCUUCAGGUGAGCAAAGACGGAGUUCAGGGCAAAACGGGAAUUCUCUCUCGUGGACAACUUGUAAAGAUACUUCUGUGUCAACUGUUCCAAACAGGAUUACAACAUCAGGGUGGUGGCAGAACCAAGACAAUACCACCAGUUAUGCUGAAGGAGGUACUUUUCAAAGCAGAGUGUUUAUAGAUAUAGGUACAAGAUCAUUGGACAGGGCAAGGAGCAGAUCAACACAAGCGGCUAAAAUCAGAGCCGCUCGAGCUGCAGAAGAAAUGGACAAACCAGUACAGUCCAACACUUUUCUGAGAGGUAUAUCGGAAGUAAAUGCAACGCCAGGCAGAGAGGAGACAAAUAAAAUGGAAGAUAUGAACCACAAAAACUGGAGCAGGAUGACGCUAAAAGAAAUAAAUCCUGGGAAAAAGGAGAUCCAAGCAGAAGACAUAAACACUUGUGGACAGAUGUGGGUGAAAAAAGAAAAUUCUACUGAUGAUAUGUUCAAUUCACAAAAAUACAAGAUCACGUCCGUUGAAAAUAAUAAUAACAAGCCACUUGUCAGUUCGGCGGCAAGUGUCAGGAAUAAAAUCAACCAAUUUGAAGCUUUGACACUGCGCAAUCAGACUAGUAGUCCAAGGAGGGCAUUUUCAGUGCCAGAAUAUCUCAGUAAAACCUAUAAUGGGGUACAGAGGAGCAGUUCUGCAAAAGCUAUAGGGUCACUCAAGUGGGGAGAACUGAGAGAAGAGCAACCUGAGAAGCGUGAAGUGACGGACAUCAAGACAUUUGUUUCAAGAGGAGGGAAAGAACCAGACCAGGAAAAACCUAUGAAGAAGGAGACUGAUAUAAAAGGUAUAAGAUAUGAGGUUUCUAAAUUCAAGAGAGUUCCAGAUAAAGAAUUUCAGAACGCCAGGGAUCCUAAGGGAUUUAAUGAAUAUUCUAAGACAAUUCUGGAUCUUUCCAAUACUAAAGUUUCCCCCCCAAUUAUGGAUUUUAAUUUUGAUGAGACUGAUUUUGGUAAAGUUGUAAAUCCAUUGAAAUUAAGAGACAUCAAUACAAGCAGUGGUUCUGAUAUUUCUACACCAACAAGUAGCGACAGUGAUGAAACUCCCACAAACACACCCGGUACCUCACCCCAUCUGUCCCCCACCGCACCACCUCAAAAGACGCCCCCCUUAACUUUAAACAAGUCCUCUUUGGAUAGUUCUACUCCACUUACAAGCAACCUACCUGAUCUAGUCUCCAAGGAUGAUUUGAACGGGAAAAAGCGAAUUCUGGACCUAAAUGCGUGGUUGGAUGGUUUGAAUCCACAAAUAAAAGCCUGGGAGGAUAACAAAGAGGAGGAUGAUGAUAGCACGCAGAAAGAUGAAGAUUCAAACUACGAUUCAGAUUCGGGCGAGUCCUCGGUCACAGUCACCAGUGCGAUGAGCAACAAGAGCUUCUCAGUCAGUCUUGCAGAUCUGUGUAACUUUGCUGGAGUGGAUUAUGAAUCAGAGAAUGACACUGACGAGUGGCAGCCAGCAGGGCGGCGCUCUGCAUCUUUGAGCUCGGACAUCUCUGCAUUUUCUCAUGUGUCUGUGCUGCCCACGGAAGAGCUGGACAAACUGAUAGAAGAUGUCAAGAGUAUUGGAGAUGACAACCUGCAGGACUAUGAGGAUGUGCAUGUGGUGGUUCUACAUAAGGAAAUUGGUGUGGGACUGGGCUUCAGUUUGGCCGGAGGGGUGGAUCAGAACAAACCUGUCACUGUCCACAAAGUUUUUCACUCUGGUGUGGCAGCUCAAGAAGGCUCAAUAAAAGAGGGGGACCAGGUCUUGUCCAUAAACGGCAGUGCACUGAGUGGUUUUGCCCACUGGGAGGCGCUGAGGGUGCUGAGACGUGCUAAGAGCCGUGAGAUGGGGGUGGUGGUGCUGAAGAAGCCCGACAUGAGAGCACUGUCCGAUGAGAGCACUUUGGCCAUGACCCAGGGCCCGACCCCAGCUCAAGUCAAUGAGACCAGUCAGUACAUCACUGUGAGUUUGGAAAAGACCGACAGGGACCUGGGCUUCAGUCUGGAGGGAGGCGUCGACUCCAGUCUCGGCAACAAACCGCUCACUGUUCAGAAGGUCUUCCAAGGUGGUCCAGUGGAGAAGGUGUUGCCAGGCGAUGAGGUUUUGGAAGUGAAUGGAGUGAGUGUGGUGGGACUGAGGCGUUUGGAGGCCUGGACUCUGAUCCGAAAACUGUCUCCUGGUCCUGUCAGUGUAGUGCUACGGCGACGACCCCAACUUCAAAACCCAUAAAGAGGUCCUCUAGUUUACAAAUACUGUAGAGAUUCAUGUUAAAAUGUGGUACAGUAUUUAGUUUUUAGAUUUUUGGACUGGUAUUUUAGAGUUUUUCCUCCUAAAUUAUGAGUCCAUUUAGUACAAAAAUUGCUCUUAAUGAGUCAACAAAAGUAGGCCACACUUUAAAACUACUAUACCUUAACUAGCCAUAAUAAAGCUUGAAGAGAGACAUAAUUCACAAUGCAUAAAUUGUAUAUAAAGAAUGAUUCAGACUUUGUAACUAUCCUAAAACCCUUGAUUCAAUAGUUACUACACCUGAAUUAUUCUUAAUAAACUGCUUGUUCAAUAUGAAGUCUUUAAGGCUGUGAAUUGUAUAGUAUUAUAAAAUGUUAUACAAAAGCCUUAUUAAAAGGACAAAUAUCAGAUAAUACCUUGAAACAACUCCAAACGUCUGUACUUACUAACUACAUUAAUCUAAACUAUUUAAGAUAAUUAUUCUUAGGUCAGUUUCCCUCAAGUAGACAUUGCGUGGCAGUGUACUAAAGCACUUUUAAUGCCAAAAAUAAACAAAAUGCUAAAAAAUCUACCUCAAUGUUACCCGUCCACAUAAAGAAGAAUGCACUGAUGAAGCUCCCAUAAUUGUGCUUAAAACCUGUAUUAAGGUAUAGACCAGCCUCUUACCACUUACCAAUAAUGUGACGUUUAUAUGUGAACAAUGCUAUUACUGAUGUUGUACAUAUGUGUAAAUCACAGAGCUUUUAUUGAUUUGUAUUAAAAUACUAAAGAAG